UGAAAGUAUAAGUUUGAGCGGGGGAAAAUGGCUCACAGUGCUGACCUCUUGGAUUGCUCCAUUUGUCUACAGUUACUGGAUCAACCUGUGACUACAGCCUGUGGACACAGCUACUGCAUGGAAUGUAUAAACACUUUCUGGGAUUCGGGACCUAACACUGAAGGAACAUACAGCUGCCCUCAGUGCCGGACAACCUUUAGCCCAAAGCCUGUUCUCCAGAGGAACACAGUCUUGGCUAACCUGUUGGAUGAGCACAAGAAGAAGAGCAAACAAAGUGCUGCAGCUGACCCACAGGAUGCUUUAUCACCUGGGGAUGUACCAUGUGAUUCUUGCUCUGAGAUUAAAAGGAAAGCUCAAAUGUAUUGCCUCAUGUGUUUAGCCUCUUUCUGUGAGACACAUCUGCAGCCUCAUCUCCAGGUACCUGUUCUGAUGAAGCACAAAUUGAUCCAGGCCUCUGCAAGAAUCAAAGAAAGCAUCUGCUCUCGUCAUGACAGACGAUUUGAAAUUUACUGUCGCACGGAUGAGCAGCUGUUGUGUCCACUUUGUGUGGUGCAGCACAAGAAUCAUGACAUUGUGGAAGUCACAACAGAAGUUAACUGGAAGCAGGAGCAACUGAAAAAGACCAGAGACGAGAUAGCAACUAGAACUCUUUUUUGCCAGCAUGAAAUAGGACAGCUGAAGGAAGCAGCUAAAUCUAUUCAAGAUGCUUUUUGGGAGGUGAGCGAUAACUUUGAGCAACAGUGCACCGAACAUAUUCGUUUGUAUGUCCACUAUCUGGAGAGGAAAUGUGUCGAAGUAAGAGAAGAAGUUAAAGCGGUAGAGAAAACUGGAGUGGAUUGGACUGUAAAUCACAUUGGACAACUGGAACGUGAAGUCCACAAACUGAAGGGAAUGGGCCAUAAUCUCCGUCAACUUGCACAAACAGAUGAACCCAUUCAAUUUCUUCAGGAUUUUCAGGCCCUGGGUGGCCUCCCUGUGAUUUCAUGUGCCAAUAAAGGACCAGUGUCUCUGGCAGAGUUUGUUUCUGCAAAAAAGGACCAAAUGAAACGCAUGUGUGACAAGGAGAAUGCCCAGUUAUUUGGACAUUUAAAAGAUAACACAAUGUUGAGUGUUCCCAGGAGGCCUUAUAUUGGUUUAAGAUCAAGACAAGACAUGUUGUGCAUGCGUACAUAUCUUGCCCCUGAGCUGGAUCCUAACACAGUGCAUGCAUGUCUCUACAUGACAAACACCAAGAGAGAACUAUCGUGGGGAAUAACAGGCCAAGCUCAUCCUGAUCACCCUGACAGAUUCACUACGUUUUACCAAUCGAUGUGCAAAAAAGGCCUUAAAGGAAACCACUACUGGGAGGUGGAGUGGGACGGUGGCGUCAUCGAGGUUGCUGUGUCAUAUAAAGGCAUCCAAAGGAAAGGAAAUGACAACGGCUGCUGCUUUGGCCACAACAAGCUGUCUUGGAAAAUUAUCUGCUAUCCUUCCAGUUGUACUUUUUGGCACAACAAUCUUCACAAAAGUCUUAUUCCUCCAGCUCAGUCUCGCAGAGUCGGAGUUCACCUCCAGUAUGCUGAAGGAAAACUGAGCUUCUACAGCGUUUCAUCCUCUGAUAGCCUCAGCCUGUUGCACCAAGUCCAGACAACCUUUACUGAACCGCUAUACCCUGGAUUUACAGUAGAUUUAGGGGCAUUUCUCAAAAUAUGCACCCUCUAAACUUUUUUUUUUUUUUUACUGUUUUCUGUUUUUAACAGAGAACUAUCUUGGGAAAAUUGUAUUCAACUAUUCCCUCCAGUUAGAUAAACAGAGAUUGAUGGAUUUCAUUCAGUCUGUCCAGUCAGAACAGGCCAUGGUAUUCAGGCCUGUUCUGACUGGACAGAGAUUUUUCUCCCCAAUUAACCCAGCAGAAAAGCUGUGAGGGUCUCCACACCUCUCUACCCAAAGCAAAAAGACAGACAGAUGGAGAAAGAGUCUAAAUGUUUUGAGAACUGCUUCACAUUAUGGCCAUACCCUCCAUGUUGUGGUCUUGGAGCUCUUAGGCCCAAUGAAUAAGUCAGAAAUCAUAAAUCUAUAUAUAUCUAUAUAUAUAUAUAUAUGUAAAAGGAAAUUAAUUUUCCCCACCACAGUUCCUCCCUUUUGAUUAUUAAAAAGAUAUCAUCUUCUUUGCAAUUGAGAAAUAAAAAUGAAAAAAAUCUAUGGCUAUUUAUCAUGGGAUUUUGAACUAAGAAAGCAAUGGGAAUAAAAUCAAUGCAAAAAUAUUGCACAUAUUUUCAUAUGCCAAAAAUGACAAGACAUGCUCAGUGAAGUAUUUUUUUUACUUUGUUUUAUUGAUAUAUAUAUGCACAGACAGCACACACUUUGGUGUUAAAAUCUUUGUUAAAUCACAAGAGUGGAAAUGCUUUACUGACUUUAGAUGUAAUGAUUACAGACUUCAUGCUUCCUUUUAGCUUUAGAUAUUGAAGUUUUUGCAGUCAGCUUAUUAUUGCAUUGAAAUGAUUGUUUCUUAUUCCUGUACACGCCUACUUAGAAAUGUUUUAAGAUUUAUUCUGAUGUCUGAACAAUGUUUGUUGAUUCACAUUUUUAAACUUGAAUAAAGCAUAUCUUUGUAUUAUCA